CUGGACUGCGCUUGAGUGACUGUCAGGUUUAAUUCUUUCACCUUCUCAGGCCUCCUCUGUCCUUGUUAGCAGUUCUUGAAUUUGGGACUACGGCUUCUGGCCUCGUUGGGCCUCCGGGCCCCCGCACUGGGGCAGGUUUCCCAGCAACUCAGUUGACUUUUACCGGAUGCUUUUGGCAGACGUCCUCCGUGCCGGGCUGGAAAUAUGCGUCACAGUGUUUUUCAGACACUUUUGCCUCUUUCAUUGUGAUACCUUGUCUGGGGAUGACUAUGAUGGAGUCUUUAGGUUUCUGUAAUCAGCAAAGGCUUCUGUUAUGUUCCUGCCACCUUCUGGAGGAGAGUGGGUGGAGAAUGUUGUGAUUUUACACUAGGGAGUUGUUUGGGCUGUCAUUCAUUCGUUCAGCAGACCUUUUUUGGGCACUCUGCCAGGCAGGGUGGGAGAGGUGCCUGGAUGGAUAGGGCACAAUGGGGCCAGACGGACAUGGUGCUUAGCCUUUUGGAGCUUAAAGUGUCUUGAGAAAUGCAAACAGGGUAAGCCAGCACCGUGCCUGACAGAGCGCAAGUGGUUAUAAGUGUUGAAUAAAGGAAUGAAGUGACUUAUUUGGGAAUGAUUAGAAUGUGAGCAGGACGGUAGAGAGAGACUUUAUGCUGCAUGUGAGAGAUCGUUGUGAACUCAGGCUCGAUAUGUUUUAAGACAGAUUUGAAAGUCUGGACAGUUGCUAUUUAGGGAAGCAUUUACUUCUACAGAGGACUUGCUUUAAAGGUGGAAGGAAAAUGAAGAAGUAUUAGGUUUGGGAUUCUUCAGAGGUGCCUCUUUGAACUAUUGUUAUAUCUCUGAAUUUCACAAAUCCCUGAGUAUAAUCUCAGGGUUUGGGAAAGGGGAAGCUCUUCUAGGUAAUGAAAUGCCAGGCUGAUGGGAAAAGAACUGUAGGAAGCUCUCUCCAAAUCCAGGAUUUGAACAGAAAUCGUAUACCUCUGCAGUGUGUUCUUCCCUCUAGAAAGAGUGUAGACUUUGAGUUGGAGAGGCCUGGGUUCAAAAUCAGUGGCUCUAUCACUUCUGGUGAUUUUGGAUGUCAUGUGGCCUGUGUUUUGGACCGUGGUUCGUACCUAUGCUCCUUAUGUCACAUUCCCUGUUGCCUUCGUGGUCGGGGCUGUGGGCUACCACCUGGAAUGGUUCAUCAGGGGAAAGGACCCCCAGCCCGUGGAGGAGGAAAAGAGCAUCUCAGAGCGCCGAGAGGAUCGCAAGCUGGAUGAGCUUCUAGGCAAGGACCACACGCAGGUGGUGAGCCUUAAGGACAAGCUAGAAUUUGCCCCGAAAGCUGUGCUGAACAGAAACCGCCCAGAGAAGAAUUGAUGGAGGACACAGGGCCCUACGGUCCUACUGUGGGCGGUGACUUGUCCUGCUACCAUGUUGACAGAGCCCCAGAACCCACAUCUAAUUGGCUUUGUUGCUUAUUCUGGCCCCUCCCACACCACACAGCCACACAAAUACUGGCUGCUCCUUCAUGUCCAGGCAGACCCAGCGGCAGCCAGAGGGCCAGUGAAGAGGAAGGCCGCAUCUGUUGUGUGGUGGCCACGAGCACUCAGGCAUCUGAGUUUACUGGUGCACUGCUGGGAGGAGUGUUAUGAGAUGAACGUUGGCUGUCAAUCUCUGUGGGCAGGCGGUUUGGCCUCGAGUGGGAAUGGCUGGGAUUUGGGUGUUGCCUUUAGGAGGGAUACCUGCAUGUCUAGUUCCAGUCUGCACUGGGAAGAAUUCAAAUAUGCACCUGGCUCCCUUCACUGUUUUGCCCUAUCCUUUGUGCUCAUUCUUACUGAAAUCUGUCUUGUCAGCUCAGGAAUGGGAUUCCCCCGGGAAGGAAAGCAUUUUUCUGUUCUGGGAAGCCCAGACUGUUCACUUUGGGGCAGGGACGAACAUGUGCCUCGUGAAUUUGCUUGAAAACAGUCCCCAUCAUCUACCCCCAUCACUGUAGAGUACAAAACUUGAUUAAAGUGGUAUCUGAGAACCAUAA